AAUUGAGGUAAGUUGAGAAACCGGAGAAAGGAUGGAUGAGCUCAGACUCCAGGUAAGCCCGCCGGAUUUGACUCCUGUUUUACAUUCUUUGAUUCGUUAAUUGCACAUUAGAUAAGGCCAGACAUACAUACAUACUUACAUACAUAACUUCUUUUUCUCUGAUUCGAGUUAAGUCAUUGGAUUUCUGAAUUUGGAUAGUAAUUCAAGAUUUUAAAUAUGUGUAACAUCUAGUUUCUGUUUCUGUCUAACUCUGACCGACGACAUUGACCGGUCCUCCUUCCGUAGAAAAUUUCAAGGUUUUAUGACUCGCCCAGUUGAAAAUUCAAUCAAUUUUAAUAAUAUUAUAUAUAGAAAUAUAGAUAGACACAACCAUCGACUCUGCAAAUUACCCAAAAAUCAAAUCAACCAGCAGAAGAGUUUAAGAUAAUAUGAGAAACUCAGCCCCAAUUGCUUUACUCAUCAUUCUAUUAUUCAUUCCAAUCCAAGCAAGAAACCAUCCUCCACCUUGUUCUACUUCAUGCGGAGAUAUCCACAACAUCGGAUACCCGUUUCGCCUCAAAGGAGACCCACCCCACUGCGGCGACCCUGACUACGAGCUUUACUGCGACAACCACAAUCGAACCAUCCUCAACUUCCACGCCGGACUCUACUACGUCAACAACAUUUCCUAUGCCCAACGCCUUAUCCGCCUCGUCGACAUCAACUUAGCCGCCGGAAACUGCGGUUUGCCCUACAGAUCUCUAGGAUUAGAGGAAGUGGUGGGCGAUGGUCGGUAUUAUAGACAGUAUUUUAGCCCGCAUGCCACUUUCGUGAGAUGCUCAAAGGAAAUUAAUAGUAUGGGUAGCAGCAUGGUUCCCUGUUUGAGUGGGAAUACGUCUCGGGUUUACCUUAAUUACACUAACUACAUGUUGUAUGAUUCUCAUAUUACAAGUGCUUGUGACAUCAUUGCCAUGGUCCUCUCCGAUCAUAAGGUUGAUCAGUUCCCAUCCAGUUAUGAAGAAAUCCAGCGGACACUGCAGUUAGGGUUUGAUCUGAGAUGGGCAGUUGAGUGUAGGGAUUGCAGGGCAGAUGGUGGUUAUUGCCAGUUUCCAACUCAAGAAUCCAGCCGCUUUCACUGUAGCAAGGAAGAUGAUUACGCUACCCAACUUCGGAACGCCAUCUUGUUCCUUGCUUACGUCUUUGUAAUCGGUCUCAUACUGUUUUGCAGAUACAUCCUAGCUCCCCUUGUUAUUUUUGCUUUUCUUCUCCAUAAAUGCUUCUCAAGCAGAAACAGGAUCCCUCGAUAAACUCAACCAAAUUUACUCUCCAAGAAAACAAAAAAAAUUUCAAAUUCGUUCCGGUAGAUUUACACUUUCUUUCCGGUAAUUUUGUAACUAUGUAAUCUAUAUCUAUAUUAUAUAUAAAAAGUUGGGAUAAUGUAACAUUUCCUACUUUGUAAUUUUAUAGAAUGUUUAUUGUGAUACAUGUAUUUUAAAAAUGUUCAAUACAGUAUUUGAAGUAUCAAUAGAUGUUA